AUGGCCGACUUUGCACACCGACUAGCGGUACAGUCGUGGAUUCUGUUUAGCAUCGGCAUUGCCUUCAUUGUCUUGCGAACCUUUGCCCGUUGGCGCCAGGUUCGUAGCCUCACGCGCUUUGCCGCAGAUGACUGGCUCAUGAUGACGCUGGUGCCGGGCUUCUACACUGGCCUGAUGAUAUCUCUCAACGCCAUAGCUACUGGCGGUGGCAGCAACUUGUUUCCACCCGGACACAUGGACGACUUCACCCAGGAGGAGAUUGAUGCGCGCAUCAAGGGGUCCAAGGUGGUGCUUGUGUCUGAGCAGUGUAUGCUCAACGUCAUCUGGCUGCUCAAAGCCUGUAUGCUCUUCAUGUUUGCCCGUGUGCUCACUGAGACAUCAGUUAUGAAAUGGAUCCAGGCCGCCGCCGCAUGGGUCGCCAUGGGCUGGGUGGCUGUUCAAAUCACCUUCUUCACCACGUGUCGGCCCUUCGCAGGAUACUGGGCCAUGCCUCCGCCCAACGAACAGUGCGCGACACUGCAGACAUAUGCCAUUGUGCAGUCCAUCUUCAACAUCAGUAGCGACCUGCUCCUCAUUGCGAUCCCCAUCCCAGUCAUCAUGUCGCUGUCGCUGCCGCCCAAGCAGAAAAUCGGGUUAGUCGUACUAUUUAGCAUGGGAACCUUUGUCAUCCUCGCCGCCAUCCUAACAAAAGUAUACAACCUCUCCGACAUUUACUCGUACCGCUACAUGCUGUGGUACACGCGCGAAGCCUCGGUCGCCGUCUACGUCGCAAACUUCCCCGGCAUCUGGCCGCUGCUGCGCGAAAACAUGCGCUGUCUCCGCGAAACCUCGACG